AAGGACCCGUCGUCCCUUCCUCGUCUCCUCCAGGACUUCCAGUGUGCAAGAAAGCUUCGUCUCCUACGGGCUCGCCGGGUUCUCUUUUCCAUCGUUAAUCUCUCUCUUUCUUCCAAAACCGCUUCUUUUCUUCUCCAUAUUCUUUGAUCUACUACUCUUUGAUGGCGAAAGGCGAGGGUCCGGCUAUUGGAAUUGAUCUCGGCACGACCUACUCGUGCGUGGGAGUAUGGCAGCACGACCGGGUAGAGAUCAUAGCGAAUGACCAGGGGAACCGCACCACCCCCUCCUAUGUGGCGUUCACGGACACCGAGCGUCUCAUCGGCGAUGCUGCCAAGAACCAGGUCGCCAUGAACCCCACUAACACCGUCUUUGAUGCCAAGCGUCUGAUUGGGAGGCGUUUCAGUGACCCUUCUGUCCAGGCUGACAUGAAACUGUGGCCUUUCAAGGUCAUUGCUGGCCCUGGCGACAAGCCCUUGAUCGUGGUCCAGUACAAGGGCGAGGAGAAGCACUUCACCCCUGAGGAGAUCUCCUCCAUGGUCCUUACCAAGAUGAAGGAGAUUGCUGAGGCCUAUCUCGGCAUCACCGUCAAGAAUGCCGUCGUCACGGUCCCUGCUUAUUUCAAUGACUCCCAGCGCCAGGCCACCAAGGAUGCUGGAGUUAUUUCUGGCCUUAAUGUGAUGCGAAUCAUCAACGAGCCCACCGCUGCUGCCAUCGCCUAUGGUCUCGACAAGAAGGUCGGCAGCUCGGGGGAGAAGAAUGUUCUCAUUUUUGACCUUGGUGGUGGCACCUUUGAUGUCUCUAUCCUCACCAUUGAAGAAGGGAUCUUCGAGGUGAAGGCCACCGCCGGCGACACCCACCUCGGUGGCGAGGACUUCGACAAUCGGUUGGUGAACCACUUUGUUCAAGAGUUCAAGAGGAAGCACAAGAAGGACAUCAGCGGCAACCCGAGGGCUCUGAGGAGGCUGAGGACCGCGUGCGAGAGAGCAAAAAGAACCCUUUCCUCCACUGCUCAGACCACCAUCGAGAUUGAUUCCCUCUACGAGGGCAUCGAUUUCUACUCCACUAUCACUCGAGCAAGGUUCGAGGAGCUCUGCAUGGAUCUGUUCAGGAAGUGCAUGGAGCCCGUCGAGAAGUGUCUGAGGGAUGCUAAGAUGGACAAGAGCAGCAUCCAUGACGUUGUUCUCGUCGGGGGGUCGACAAGGAUUCCCAAGGUGCAGCAGCUGUUGCAGGACUUCUUCAAUGGGAAGGAGCUCUGCAAGAGCAUCAAUCCUGAUGAGGCCGUUGCCUAUGGUGCUGCCGUCCAAGCUGCGAUUUUGAGCGGUGAAGGCAACGAGAGGGUGCAGGACCUGCUGCUGUUGGAUGUCACCCCGCUCUCCCUUGGACUGGAGACCGCUGGAGGAGUCAUGACUGUUCUGAUUCCGAGGAACACUACCAUUCCCACCAAGAAGGAGCAGGUCUUCUCCACCUACUCUGAUAACCAGCCUGGUGUGCUCAUUCAGGUCUACGAGGGUGAGAGGACCAGAACGAAGGAUAACAAUUUGCUGGGCAAAUUUGAGCUCUCUGGCAUCCCUCCUGCCCCAAGAGGUGUGCCCCAGAUCAAUGUCUGCUUCGACAUCGAUGCCAACGGUAUCCUGAAUGUGACUGCUGAGGACAAGACCACGGGCCACAAGAACAAGAUCACGAUCACCAAUGAUAAGGGCAGGCUUAGCAAGGAGGAGAUCGAGAAGUUGGUUCGUGAUGCUGAGAAGUACAAGGCUGAGGAUGAAGAGCACAGGAAGAAGAUCGACGCAAAGAAUGCUUUGGAAAACUACGCCUACAACAUGAGGAACACGAUCAAGGACGACAAGAUUGCUUCUAAGCUGUCUCCAUCUGACAAGAAAAAGAUCGAGGAUGCGAUUGAGAAGACUAUCCAGUGGCUGGAUGGCAACCAGCUCGCUGAAGCCGAUGAGUUUGAGGAUAAGAUGAAGGAGCUUGAGAGUCUCUGCAACCCUAUCAUUGCGAAGAUGUACCAAGGUGGCGGGGCUGGCAUGGCCGGAGGUAUGGAUGAAGAUGCUCCCAGUGGUGGUGCUGGUGGUGCUGGGCCUAGAAUUGAGGAGGUUGAUUGAGAGGUUUGAGUUGGAUCAAGUGGUUAUGGAUGAUGCUUAUGGUUUGUUGGGUCUUCUCUUUGUGGUAGUGUCUUUCGUUUUUGAACCUGGUUACCUGUUCAAAGACCCCGCGUCUACAUCAGCUAAUGCUUUUGUGUCCUUUCAGUGAUCUUGUAAAUUACAUGUCAUAGGUGAAAUAAUAAUUGAAGAUUUUCUUGAA